GUGUCUGCUGCAGAGGAGAAUCACGAUGAAAGGGAUUUUAUUAGGAGUGUUUUUUCUCGCAAAUUCUCUCAUCCUCUCCUCCGGUCUGACCCGUCAUUACCGCUUUUUCAGUCAGUCUUUGACUUGGAGCGCAGCGCAGGCCUACUGCAGACAGGCGCACGCAGACCUGGCAACCGUGGAGAACUCCGAGGAACUGGACCUGCUUGUGAACACGCUCCAGUCCGCCGGAUACAGCUCUGACGUCUGGAUCGGUCUGUCCAGCGAGAUCCACUGGAAGUGGUCCGAUGCCUACACCGGGACCGGGGCUGGCUACAGGCACUGGAGAAGUGACCUGAAUGAACCGGAGUUUCACAGCGCCGCGCAAUUCUGCGUGAGAUCCGGGAGCGCCGGAAACUGGUGGGAUGAGGAUUGUGCGCUGAACCUUCCGUUUAUUUGUUACAGCGGAACACAGGAAUCGGCCACAUUUUCUCUGCAGAACGAGCAAAGGAACUGGUCCAGCGCCCAGAGGUUCUGCAGGGAGAACUAUGUGGACCUUGCAACCGUGAAAACAGAUGCGGAAAACCAGAUACUGGUUGACAGAAUAAUGUCUUCAGCCUGGAUUGGUCUGUACAGGGAUCCAAACUUUUAUUGGUCAGACCGGAGCGACUUCGUCUUCAGGAACUGGGACUCUGUCAUAAACCCACUUGGCUCAAUGCCAGUCAUAUGUGGCGUUACGUCUUCUGGGCGAUCGGGAAAAUGGAAAUUUUUGCCCUGUGAAACUAAAUUGCCAUUUGUCUGCUACAGCGUAUUCAGAAAGGCAGUGAAGCUGAGACUGAAUGUGGAGAAGACCGUAGAUCCAAACGACCCGGUUCUGAAAGCAAACAUCCUGACAAAGCUCCAGGACAGACUGCAGCAGAGUGGAGUGAAUGGAAUCGCCCUGAAGUGGAGGGAGCGACGCGAUGGAGGAGUCUUCCUGAGGGAACCCACUGACAUCUGGAUCGGUCUUUUCGAUGAAAUCGACUGGAGAUGGUCCGACGGCUUCACGGGGAGCGGCGCCGACUACAGACAGUGGAGAACUUCUACAUAUGAACCAACUUUCCACUACUCCGUUGAGUUCUGCGUGAUGUUCACAUACUAUGCAGAGUGGCUUGAUGUUAGUUGCUCAGACAAUCGCCCGUUUGUGUGCUACAAAGGCUCGCAGUUGGUCCCUGAAUUUGUGUUUGUGAAUCUACCAACGAGCUGGUCCAGUGCUCAGACGUACUGCAGAAACAACUUCAUAGACCUCGCUACCAUAAAAAACGACGCAGACAACAAGCGUGUUCAGAACCAGUUGCCUGCUCUCUAUACUGAGGCUGUGGUGGAAAUGAAGCAACCAGAGAAGAUGAUCGCAGAGAAGUGGAAACAGAUGGGUGAAAGUGCAGGCAGGAGAGAACGAGAUGACAGAGAACAGCUGGGAGGAGAAGCAGGUGGACAAAAUGCAAAAAGAGUUGUUCUGUUUUCUUCUUCCAUCCAUCACCACUCAAUGAAAACACUGUUAUCAACUUUCAGACUUUAUUUUCAUGUCAUAUUUUUAGUCAGAAUGCAAAAUGGAUUUCCUGGUAAACAUUUGCAUAAACACCAAAAAAGGAACCUUUUAAUUCUGGGAGCUCCAGGGUUUUUUUCAGUCUACAGAUGCCUGAUAAUGGAGAGGAUCUUGGUGGGACUCUUGCUUCUCACAGGGUGGCUCAGCCUCUCUACCUGCCGUCAGUACCACUUUGUCAACCAGUCAGCCACUUGGAGUGAAGCUCUAACCUACUGCAGACAAACAUAUACAGACCUGGCCUCUAUUAACAGCAAAGAUGAAAAUAAUGAGCUGAUGAGAACAGUCGAUUCUGCCGGUCACGACUCUGAUGUCAGGAUUGGUCUGUACAACAAAGUCAAUUGGAAGUGGUCCGAUGGCUUCAGCAGCAGUGGGGCUGAUUACAGGAAAUGGCACGUUUCAGAUUAUGACCCUGAUUUCAUUGGAGCCAAUCAGUUCUGUGUAACCAUUAACCAGAAUGGGUUAUGGUUGGACUCAGAGUGCAUCCGCAAGUUUCCAUUUGUUUGUUACAAGGGAACACGUCUGACUCGAGAAUUUGUUUUUGUUAAUCAACCAGAAGACUGGAUAAGUGCCCAGAAGUAUUGCAGGGAGAGCUACACAGACCUGGCCACUAUCAGUACCGAUGCAGAAAACGAGAAGAUCAAUAAACUGACAAAUAAAACCUCGGCAUGGAUUGGUCUAUUUAGAGAUGACAAGUUUUCUUGGUCUGAUGGUAGCAGUUCUCAAUUCACCAGCUUUGAUAAUGUUAGGAAUGACAUUGGCUCAAUGAGAAUCAUAUGUGGUGCCACGUCUGCUAAGAGAUCAGCGAAAUGGAUAUUCUUGUCCUGUGAAACAAGAUUUCCUUUUGUCUGCUACAGCCUCCCCUCUGAAGUAAAACGGGUGACGAUGAUGAUCAAAUCGGAAGAUUCUGUGGGUCUGAACAAUCCCGCUCUGAAAGCAAACAUCCUAAAAAAGCUCCAGGACAGUUUGGAGGAGAAAGGAGUGAAUGGAGUCUCCCUGGAGUGGACAGAGCAGGCUGGUGGAAAACAAGCAAAGGGUAUCUCUCAAACGAUAAAAUAAUGCAAAAGAACUAUCAUUUGAAAAAUAUGUUGUUUUUUAGAUUUUAAGAAAAUGGGUUGUUGAACUAUUAAGUAUUUUCUUCCCAGUGAGUGGGAAAUAUCCUGUCACUACAGCAAUCAAACACUGCUUCAAAUUUCUGACCAGAUUUUGGUAUUUUGAAAGAUGAUCUCUUAUGGUUGAGCUCCAGGUCUGCGAGGUUUUGAUGGCCUCAUUGCCAUCACCUUAAUCUUUAGCUCACCUCCAUGGAUUCACUACGACGUUCUACGAAUGGGUCGCUGUGAAUUAUUGAUACUACUUCCUGUAAGGUAGAAACAUGUUGGUAAAAGUAAAACUUAAUCUAAAUUUGCCAUGGGGUAUGAAUAACUUUGGGCUCAGCAAUUAAUUUCUUUCUUUUGCUUGAAUGUAUGAAAAAGGAGAAAAGAAAAACAUGAUUGAGGAGCUCUGGAAAACUUGCAACUAGAAACUGGUUUAAUUGGUGGGGUUGGGGCUGCAUCUAUAUAGUUGUUUGCAUUAUUAAGAUGUCAAGAAAAAAUGUCCCUUGAUAGCAUCUCAGCUUCAUAUGUCUAUAUCCAUGUACUCCAAUAAACAUUUUUUUUCUCA